AUGUCAAGGACAGACUGUCGCUCACUAUUUCUCUGCUAUUCUAAGCCUGGGAAGGACUCACUGUGUCAUUUCUUUUCUUCUCACCCACAAGGGGCAGAUGACACUGUGCAGAUAUGGGCUUUGCCCAGUACCAACAUCUCCGUGGGAGGAAACCUCACCAUCCUGUGCCAAAGGGCAGAGCAAGGAGAUACCUUUGUUUUAUAUAAGGAUGAAGAUAUUGUAUCAGAGCAGGAACCUGCAGGAGCAAUAGCCCAAUUCCACAUAUACCAUGUACAGCCAAAGGAUACAGGGCCAUACUACUGCCUGAGAAAAUCCAGCCAAUCAGACUUUGAGCUUAGCGAUCAAAUAGAUAUUAUUAUAGAAGGUACAGGUAACGAGGUUUCCAGACAGAAUACAGAUUAUACCAUAUCAAAUACAGUACGUCUUGCACUGGCAGGACUCCUGCUUACAGUCACCAUUCUCCUUGCUACUGAGAACUGCCAUACCAAGAAGAGCCAGCUACAAAAUGAAGAACUGAGCCAUUACCACUAUAAUAUAUAUUCUAUUCAGUGUUAGGCCUCUCUGUAAUUC